AUGAUUUCCUUUCCAGGUACUUUAGCAACAAGUAUUAGUGUUGCUGCUGCCACUCUAUUUGGAUCUUCCAACGCGCUUUCUAUAGGAUUCCCCAAUGUUUUUGACUCAUUGAACGCCAUCACGUUUGGAAGUUCUGAUAUUGCUCCCUUUGAUUCUUGUCCUAUCGAUAUACCGAUUUCAUGUACCAAUAGUACACCCAUUGAAAACUCCUGCUGCUUUGAACUGCCCGGUGGGAUUAUGUUACAAACGCAAUUUUGGGAUUAUUACCCACCUAUUGGUCCAAAUGAUACAUUCACCUUACAUGGAUUAUGGCCAGAUAAUUGUGAUGGAACAUAUGAACAAUUUUGCGAUGAUCUGUUGAAUAUCAAAAAUGUCACUGAUAUCAUUCUUGAUGAAUUUAAAGAUGAAAAUCUUUAUAAAAAAUUACAAAAUAUUUGGAAGAAUUUUAAUGGUAGAGAUGAAGAUUUAUGGCUUCAUGAAUAUAAUAAGCAUGGUACUUGUAUUAAGACUCUUAGACCAAACUGUUAUAGCGACAAAAAUUAUAUCAAAAAUGAAAAUGUUUAUGAUUUUUUCAACAUUUCUGUUAAUUUAUAUGAAAAGUAUCCAACAUUUGAGUUUCUUGCCGAGGCUGGGAUUGUCCCAUCUUUAGAUCAAACCUAUACAAGAGAUGAAAUCGAUAAGGCAUUGCUGAGCAAGUUUGGCGGGAACAAAGUGUACUUCAAAUGUAAUAAGUACCAAGCAUUACAGGAAAUCUGGUAUUUCCAUCAUGUUAGAGGUUCUGUCAAGCAAGAAAACUUCCAACAAAUCCCAAGCAUGAUGAAUACAAAUUGUCCAGCUGAAGGAAUCAAGUUUAUUCCAAAGAAUGGGUUCAGACCACCUCCAGGAACCCCACCAAAGCCUAACCCACCUGGUUUAGGUAAGGGAUACAUCAAAUUAAGCGGCAAGAGCGGUUGUCUCAUCAGUAAUGGACAAUGGUACCAAUACGGUACAUGUGCUGGAUUCCAAGUUUUAGAACUGACAUUUGGAGGUUAUAACCUCAAAUCAUCCAAGGGAUACUGUGGAUUGAAUUCUGAUAACCAGAUUGUAUGUCAUAGUGGAAUUUCACCAGCCAAAUUUCAAUUCCAACUUAACAAGGAAACAAAGCAAAUUGGAUAUGGUGGUAAAUUUGAUUGGUGUUUUGAUUCAGAACAUAAACAUGGGUCUGGAAGAUUUGUACAAGUUCCAAUUAAAUUGGGCAGUAAAGAUUGUGAAGAUUCUAUAAAGUUAACUUUCCAAGCUUAA